AUGUGAAGCCAAGGGGAAGGUUCGAGUGACUCGUCAGUGAAACUCCCUGAGAGGGAGGGAGCAAAGUAACUUAAUCACCUAACUGAGAGUUGUACAGAUACAGUUCAACGCCGGUAUAGAGAGCAGCAGUCAGAGAAACCAGCCUAGGGAACCCUAGGGGUAUAGAGAGAUUUAAGCCAGGAGCACAGGGAGGCAGAGAGAGGAAGAAGCCAGUGGAGAGAAACAGGGGACUUGAUGGGCAGAGACAGUGAUCAAUAAUUUUAAGUUGAGGAGAAACGAAAUUCAAGGGAAAGGGUGGGGUGAGAGGCAGAACAAAUGGAAGGAGAAACAUAAUCAUUGAAGCAGGAGAUAGAGUGAGAAUUGAACUGGGAAACUGCAGAGUGUGAGAGAGAGAGAGAGAGACACUGAGGAGCAAGGAGGAAAGGGCAAAGUGUUUUGUUGAGAGGAACUCAACUAAAGAUAAAGGGAAGGCAGACACAAAAUGCUGGAAUAACUCAGCGGGUCAGGCAGCAUCUCUGGAGAAAAGGACCAGGUGCCGUUUCGGGUUGAGACCCUUCUUCACACAAGGGAUAAGAGUGUUGUUCAGUAAAGGAUAGCUAAGAGAUUUCAACUAUACUUUUCUCGUCAGAGUGACUUCCUCGCUCUCAGCUCGUGUGGCCGCCUGGCCUCUCUGUGACUGCCCCAUGCUGUUCGUCGCCAUGGACCUGCUGGUGUUCCGGGCUCUAUUUGGAACUGUAGCUGACCUCUGCGGGUCUGCCAUCAUCUUCAGUGUGCUCUCAGUAAUCAGCCUCCUCACCUACUUCGAUGUCCUCGAGAGUUUCGGUUUGUGCCGUUGGCUCUUCAAGACGUGUAAACCUGGGAUCAUUGCUGUGACGUCUGAAGUGAGCCUUUACUCUGAUGCAAGGAGCAAGUCUUACCGAGCACUGUCCUUGAUUGUGGAGAAGGUGAUGCUGCUGGAAUCGAACUUGUGCACAUCCGACAGUCAACAAUGUCACCACCCCAUGUACAGGAAGAAAUUAAGGAAUCUGCAUCAAGAGAUCAACCAGGUAGAUGACAGCUUGUGGAGACUUGCGGGCCAGUGUGGUGCAGCAGAGAGAGACCAGGGGACUGGCCAAACCUGCGCAUUCAACAAAGGCACCGAGAGGCUUCCCCAACCUACAGGGGGUGACAAUCAGCAGAAGAGCAUGAGGUUGGACAACAUAGUCACAUCCAGAGACAGGCAGAGGAUUCAACUCCUGCACAGCAAGCUUCAUAACAUGAAAACAUACACCGAGGACAGGUUAAAGUUAUUGACCAGCUUUGCAAACUGCCUUGAAUCGUACCAGCUCUGUUACUGCCCACUCCGCGCCUGGGUAAUGCAGACCCACAGGUUCCAGGAAUGGAUUCACACCGUACAAUGUGAGAGCGAGCUGCUGAUCAUCAGGAACCUCGGGCACCAGAAGAGCGUAGUGGAGGAAAUUGAAGAGAAAGCCCUCGAGCUGGGGAAAUGUUGGAGGGCGAUGAGUGAAUGUGUCUGUGCCUUUGAGCAAAUCAAGCUCCAGGCUGCUCCGUUUAAACAGAGCAUGACUCAGCACCAGCCUGCCUCUGCGGUGAAACCGGAGCUGACCUCCACCCUGCAAGGAGAGAUGACCAGCCUGAGGCAGCAGUUUCUGACGCUGGUGAGAAUAACAAAGUGCCACGUGACCCACCUGCGGGGCCUGCUGUACACGAGGGUGUGAUGGAGCUGGAGUGCCAGAUACAGGGAGAGGCCGCUCUGUGGCAGGGCACUGCGCCACACUGCAACCCCCACACUCUCAAACGAACCAGCAUUCAAUUUGUUUUGCAAAGUGCACUGAAUAUUCCUGUCCUCCAGUCAGCACUGGUUGAACUGCACUAAUAGAUUUAACUGCACACGUUUCAGCAAAUGAUGCCCCACUUACAGGAACAGAGAGAAAGUCUUUCCAAAUAGUCUGCAGUCAGGCAGCACCUGGGGAGCUUCACGUUUGAGGACAACCCUUGCCAGCAAUGGAAGAAAGGUUGAUUGAACAAUACAGCAUGGAAACAGGCCCCUCGGCCCAUCGAGCCCAUGCAGACCUUCGAUCACUCGUCCACUCCCUACACACUAGGGGCAAUUUACAGAGGGCCAAUUAACCU